AUGAUGUCAUUUUUUUGUUUUCAGAUAACAGUGACCUUAUAGCCUGCAUGGUGGUCAGUAAAGAUGGAGGCCAGGCGCAGAGGUUCCUCGCUGUCGAUGUGUACCAGAUGAGUUUGGUGGAGCCAGAAACCAAGCGCCUCGGAUGGGGCGUGGUGAAGUUCGCCGGCCUUCUGCAAGACAUGCAGGUGUCUGGCGUGGAGGACGACAGCAGAGCGUUGAACAUCAUCAUCCAUAAGCCCAGCGCCAACCCCCACGCCAAGCCCCUGCCCCUCCUGCAGGCCAACUUCAUCUUCGCCGACCACAUCCGCUGCAUCAUCGCCAAGCAGCGGCUGGCCAAGGGCCGCAUCCAAGCCCGACGCAUGAAGAUGCAGAGGAUCGCAGCUCUGUUGGACCUGCCGGUGCAGCCCAGUGCAUCGGAGGUGUUGGGUUUCGGUCAGACCUCCAACGCUUCACCCAGCGGGCUGCCUUUCAGAUUCUACGAGCAGUCGAGACGGUCGCCCAAUGACCCGACAGCGAGCAGAGCCGUGUUCGCCUCUGUAGACAAAGUACCAGGUUUCGCAGUGGCUCACUGUGUGUCGCACAGUCCCUCGCCCCUCUCCUCCCCCUCUCCUCCGUCCAGUGGGAGUGGGAGCACAGGACGAUGUGACUCUGUUACUGCGAGCACUGUAUCGGCUCAGAGCCCCACAGGUAGCUCACACACACUCCAUACACACAUCAACACACAAAGAUAGAGCCAAACGUUACCCUUUUCUUUUGGAAAUUGUGUUUACUUCUAGUGUUCAUUUCCUCAGCUAUUUUUUUAUUUAGUUUUACUCUUAGUCCUGUGUUACAUUUCCUUUUUAGUUUUA